AAGGGUUAUUCAGUUUCUUUUACACACACUCUCUCUCUCUCUCUCUUUCUCAAAUCCAAACUACGCAGCGCUCUCUCUCCGUCUCCCUCUGCAACAAAUGGCGACCGCCAUGAAAAAGGUCGAGAAGAUCCGCCAGAUAGUCCGGCUAAAACAACUCGUGAUGCGCUGGAAGCUAACGAGCCUCCGCCGCCGCUCCGUCCUCUCCUACGACGACUCGGGCCCCUUCCCGUCCGGUUCGAACCGGCGCAUCCCCGCCGGUUUUCUAGCGGUCUACGUCGGAGCGGAGCGAAUCCGGUUCGUGAUCCAGGCCCGGUUCGUGAACCUCCCGGUGUUCGUCGGAUUACUAAAAAAGGCCGAGGAAGAGUUCGGGUUCGGGUGCAGCGGAGGCCUCGUGUUGCCUUGCGAGGUUGGGUUUUUCAAAGAGAUCUUGAGAUUUCUCGAGAGGGAUGAGAGCAAGUUUGGACGGCUGGGAUUGGAAGAGUUCUUGAAGAUGGUUUCUGAAGUGGGUUUUGAUUCUUGCAAGGAAUUGGCGUCCAAUGCUGCUGCUAAUUCCUCUUGCCAUGCCUUCACUCCUCUGUUGCAGAAAGCAAGGGGCUGAGGUGAAGUGUUCUAGAUCUUCUCAGCAAUGUUAGGUUCUAAAUCUGAACAUCUCUAAUGCCUUUGGUUUUUUUGGGAAAAGGUUUUUAGCUAUGCUUCCAAUUAAUAGUGAUUAGGAAAUUGUAUAUGGUGGUGGGCACUGGGCAGCCAAAAUGUGAUGCCAUCCUUGAAAACCCAUCUUGAAAUUGUAGUACUUGCUUUGAGGGGGAUUUCAAUGAGAUGUAGUU